GUGGGGCCAGCACUCUACUCACUGAGCCACAGGCCCUGCUGGAUUCAGAUUUUGACUGAGCCUAGGAAAAUCUCUCAAAUGAGUUUUGUUGAUUUUAGGCCAUCUUCUGGGGAAACUUUUCCUGCUGGGGAAUUCAGCUUCAGUUUGGAAUUUCUUGUAUAUUACUAUUUUUUCAUCCUGGAACUUGCUAUGUGAAAAGAGGAUUUGUUGUUGUUGUUGUUCUGUGGUGAUGAUGGUGGUAGUGGGGGCUUUGUCCUAUUCCUACUUGUCCUAUCUCGGAUAUAAGGCCAGCUCCCCAUUAAGCCUUUUGCUUGCUAUCCUAUAGACAGUUUUAGGGGCCCUAGAAUCUUCUCAGAAUCAGAGUAUGUGUGCGUAGGUUAGUCAGCUAUGACCAUGCAGUAUUCCCAGCUCCCCCUCUCCCUGCCAUCUGCUUCCUCUGAGUAUACCAGAUUGGCUGUACACCAGGAUGUUCCGGGAAUCCCCAGGAGAGCAACAGAAUGUGAUGGACCCAAAUAUGAUGCCUCAGUAACUCAUUCCAGGAUGUACAAACUGUGACUGUCAGGACACUCCUUAUAGCUAAUUAAAAUUCUUCUAGUUACAUCUAUUUUCUAUUACCUCUGUCUAUUUUCAGUGAUAUCCAAAGGCCAAAAUAAUCCCUCUGGUACCACUGGGUUUUUUUUCGAUGGUUCCCAGAUAGGAAUUAAAAAAAACAAAAAAGCCUUAGCUUUUCUCAGUACUUUAUCUGUGAUGCUAAAAUGGCAAACGUGGCCCCUCUAGCUCUUCAUAGCUCUAUCUGUGGUACUGAGGUGGCCAAAGUGGCUUCUCUGGUAGCCCACUGCACUCUCCAUGGUACUGAAGGAAUGGCCAUUUGUUUUAACAUCUCUCUGGGGUCCAGAAGAGUCCUGUGACACAGAACCACAAAACUUUUCUUCUAGCUGGAAGGGACUUACAAGGUAAAUUAGUCCAAACCCCUUAUUUUAUUUACAGAUGAGUAAACUAGUAAGUUAAGUGAUUUACUGAAGGCUGUAGGGCUAUUAAUGCUUAGACUGGGUCCGCAAUAGCCUUAUACCCCUAGGCCCUAUAAUUCACCUUUUAUAACUAUUUGGUGAGCCCAGCAAGGCUCUCAUUCCCAGGAAGGGAGUUUAUUUGGACAAUCCAGAGAAUGAGAGUGGGUACUCUAGUUUGGAGCUACAGAAAGACAACAUAUUAAAUGGUAGUGGAGGUCAUCUAGUGACCCUUGGACAAAAACACUUUGUUAAUUAAUCUUUUGCUAAUUAUACUACCAUAGCCCAGAUUCUGCAUGUAACAGGUACCUUCCCCUUUAUGGAAUCUUACCACAUCCACUACAUAUUGAAAAAUGAAGGAAGCGUUGGACCUCCAGAGCCUUUUCUCUCCUGAUAAGCAGGGCUGACUCUUGGCCCAGUUCUCUUCUGUUAAAGAUUCUUAAGCUAAGUAAUUCUUGAAUCCUUUUCUUUCUCAGUAACCCAUUUCAGUUUCAUAAUGCAUAAUGUAAGGAAGUUCUUUGUAUCUCAAAUAUUCUUUCUAUCUUAUGUAAAAAAAUAGGUUAGGCCUACAUUCAUCUAGUCUUGACCAGAUACAAUCCUAUAUGGAGGCCAAAAGGUAGCCUGGACAACUUCUGGUCAUCCUCUCAGGCCUAUUUCCAUGAAUCUUAAUUCUGGGGUUGCUUCUAAGUCCUAAGGCUGAUCUCCUCUGCAGCUUAGAAUCAGGAACACCCCCCACCCCAUACUCUUCCUCUCAGUGCUCUUUUCCUUCCUUAGCACUGUAGUCUGCACGUCCCAGGCCUAGGGAAUUUUUGCCUGGAGAAUUUUAACCCCUUCCUAUUCAGAGCAUGUGCUGAGCCCCUAUCUGUGCAGAUGGCCCAGCCCCGCCCCCCAUCCCUCACUCCAGGCUCUUGAGCUCAGAGCCAGUGUAAUCCUCCUCUUGUGUGAGGGAGCCUCUCCCCUGCAGAGAGGAGGAAAGCCUGCCUCGGAACAGCCCUGGACAAAGGGGCUCAGAUGCCCCAUCAUACUGCAGGCUCCAAGCUCCUCAGAACCUGUUGCCUUCAUUAGCAGCUUUUCCUCCUCUUCCCUGCACUCCCCAGAACCAAAGAAUGUGAAGGGGGUCCAUGGAGGGCUCACGUCCCCGUGCAUCAGGCGGCCACUCAGCGCCGUCGCCGCCAGCUUUCGACGGUGAGCUGGAUCUGCAGCGCUACUCCAACGGGCCAGGCGCGAGCUCGGGGUCGCCGGGAAUGGGAGCCGUGAGCUGGUCUGAGAGUCGCACGGGCGAACGGCGCUUCCCUUGCCCAGUCUGCGGGAAGCGCUUCCGCUUCAAUUCCAUUCUGGCUUUGCACCUGCGGGCCCACCCCGGCUCCCAGGCCUUCCAGUGCCCGCACUGCGGCCACCGCGCAGCGCAGCGGGCUCUGCUGCGCUCGCACCUGCGCACGCACCAGCCGGGACGCCCGCGCAGCCCUGCCGCACGCCUGCUGCUGGAGUUGGAAGAGCGCGCCCUGCUGCGCGAGGCCCGACUGGGGAGAGCGCGCAGCUCCGGGGCCAUGCAGACGCCCCCUGCCGCCGAGGGCUCAGCGCAGCCCCAGGCUCCUUCCUCGUCCGCCUUCCGUUGCCCCUACUGCAAAGGCAAGUUUCGAACAUCUGCGGAACGCGAACGACACCUGCACAUUCUGCACAGGCCCUGGAAGUGCAGCCUGUGCAGUUUCGGCUCCAGCCAGGAGGAGGAGCUGCUUCACCACAACCUGACGGCCCAUGGGGCUCCCGAACGCCCCCUGGCGGCCGCCUCCGCUGCGCCCCAACCCCAGCCUCCACCCCAGCCUGAACCCAGAUCGGUCCCCGAGCUGGAGCCGGAGCCUGAACAUGAGGCUACCCCGGCUCCCGCUCCUGCCACUCCUGAGGAGCCUCCCGCGCCCCCGGAGUUCCGCUGUCAAGUGUGCGGCCAGAGCUUUACACAGUCCUGGUUUCUCAAGGGCCACAUGCGUAAGCACAAGGCUUCCUUUGAUCAUGCGUGCCCUGUGUGUGGCCGCUGCUUCAAGGAGCCCUGGUUCCUUAAGAACCACAUGAAGGUGCACGCCAGCAAGCUGGGUCCACUGCGUGCCCCGGGCCCCGGUUCGGGGCAGGCCCGGGCACCCCAGCCUCCUGAUCUGGGUCUGCUGGCCUAUGAGCCUUUGGGGCCAGCGCUCCUGUUGGCGCCGGCGCCUACCCCUGCUGAACGCCGUGAGCCCACGAGCCUCUUGGGAUACCUGAGCCUACGAGCUGGCGAAGGCCGGCCCAAUGGCGAGGGCGCUGAGCCUGGCUCCGGCCGCAGCUUCGGAGGAUUCCGUCCACUGCCCUCUGCUCUCCCGGCCCGGGCUCGCCGGCAUCGCACGGAGGAGCCGGAGGAGGAAGAGGAGGUGGUGGAGGCAGAGGAGGAGACCUGGGCCCGGGGCAGGUCGCUGGGCCCUCUGGCUUCUCUGCACUCGCGCCCCGGCGAGGGGCCAGGGCACUCUGCGCCCGCUGCGGGGGCCCAGGCAAGAUCAACCACCACGCAGGAAGAGAACGGGCUGUUGGUUGGAGGGACCCGGCCUGAAGGAGGCCGGGGGGCCACCGGCAAGGAUUGUCCCUUCUGCGGAAAAUCUUUUCGCUCAGCUCACCACCUCAAAGUACACCUGCGAGUGCACACAGGCGAGCGCCCUUACAAGUGUCCGCACUGCGACUACGCGGGUACCCAGUCCGGCUCGCUCAAGUAUCACCUACAGCGUCACCACCGGGAACAGAGAAGCGGGGCAGGCCCCGGGCCACCCCCAGAACCACCCCCUACUUCCCAGCGGGGUUCUGCCCCGUCGUCCGGAGCCAAAUCGGCUCCACAGCCUGCAACCUGGGUCGAGGGUGCAGCAAGUCCCCGGCCUCCUUCAAGCGGUGCCGGGCCGGGGUCCCGUCGGAAACCCGCCAGUCCCGGGAGGACCCUGCGCAACGGGCGAGGCGGUGAGGCCGAACCCCUGGACCUGUCCCUGCGGGCUGGGCCAGGAGGCGAGGCCGGGCCGGGCGGUGCCCUGCAUCGCUGCCUUUUCUGCCCCUUUGCCACUGGAGCCCCUGAGCUCAUGGCCUUGCACCUUCAAGUGCACCACAGCCGCCGGGCUCGGGGCCGCCGACCACCCCAGGCUGACGCAUCCCCGCCCUAUGCCCGGGCACCAUCAGGAGAGACCCCUCCUAGUCCUUUGCAGGAAGGGGAGGAGGGCCCCGGGCUGCCGAGAUCGGGAGAGACGGGGCUGGCAGGGCAAGAACGGUAGGGAGCCCUCCUAGGGGCGAUUAGCUUAGUGAGCUUACCCCGCCGGAGCGGGGGAGCGCUAGAGGUAGUUGGGUAGAGCAGCCAGCAGGGGGCAGCAUGGGACCCAUAUCCCAGCCCCAGGCGGACCAGAGGUGGAGGGGGCGGUGGGCAUAGGAGGGUGGGCGGGCAGUACCCACCCAGCCCAAGGGAGUCACAGUGCCUUAGAAGUGGCAGAGGUGAGGGUCAAAGAACGGGGUCCCAGGGCUGGCAGAGGUUAUGUCCCUGGUGAGGAGCCAGUCUGCCAGUCUUUGCUGGUCCAUAGGCGUGAGAGUUUAUUUUUGUACGAGGGGUGGGGGUGGGGGGCACUGUACCCUUCUUGCCCCAUCAGGGGCCCUGUAGACGUCGCUAUUUUUGGUACGAUUCCUGUCAUCCCUGUCGCAGAGUCGUGUCCCCAAUAAACAGGUGUCUUGAGGCACAGG